AGCCAGUGUCAUUAUCUGAAGCGUCAUAGUCACACUCAAAACAGUGCCACUAUUCUACCCCUUGGUGCUACAAAGCCUGGCACUGGCACUGGUGUUACUGGAAUUCGUGCCUCUAGUAAUGUGGUGUCGUGGAAUUAACGUUAAGUGUCUCAUGGUGUUGACUGACUGACUGACUGGUGAUGGUGAUGUGAGAUUAUGAGCGGUUUUGUGUUAUGGUGAUAAUUCAUGGUGCUAAGAGAUUCAUGGUGGUGUUUGAAGGCGUGUAGGUACUGGUGUUGCGAUUUUCUGGUGUUACAAGGGUAGUGGUGUUCUGGUGCUGUGGUGGUGAUGGUGUGAUAUGACUUACAGAGAUGUGUGCCGUUGAGUUCUGGUGUUAAUUUUGAUGUUACAGUUGUGGUGAUGUAGUGGUGUUGUGGUGAUGGUUAUGCUGGUGUUAGACGAUCGUAGUGGUGUAUCAAGGUGUCUAUUGGUGUUAUAUUUCAGUUUCUGGUGUUACUAGUUUUAAUAAAUACAAGGGUGGUGGUGUUGAGACAGAGCACACCACAACACCAAGUAACCUUCUGGUGGUGACCAUGGCUGGGGAGAAGGACGAGGUGAGGAGUGGCGGUUUAAGUGACAUUGGUGAUGAGGCUCCUGCUGGUGACGUGGUGAUGAGUGGCUGUGAUAAUUCAGCUGGUGUGGAGGUGGUGGUGAGCCCUGGGGAUAGUGACGAGAUGGGUGGUGGUGAUAAUGAUGAGUGCGUGGUGUUGAGUGGACAUGAUGACGUGUUUAGAGUCCUCCUGAGACGCAAGGACAGUAGUGACCUGGAGGAGGACACAGCACCAAAGGGGACGCAGAGGAAGAAGAAGAAUUCCUUUAUAAAAAUACGGCUAGAGGAGGAGACUGAAGAGGAGGAGGAGGAGGAGGAGGAGGAAGAAGAGGAGGAGGUUGAUGGGAUAAAGAUGAGAAAAAAGAAACCUCCCAUGACCCAAUGUCCUGCCUGCUUGGGAUGUCCAGAUUCACCUACUGACGAAAGUUCCCCCGUGAAGAUCGACCGCGGCUACACGGGCAAGGGUCCUCCAGGGCGAGGCGUGGGGGGCAACAUUACCAAGUCCUACAGCUGCGAGGGAUCGGCGCCCCCCGUGCCCCCCCACCACCUUCCCCACAACCACCCCCAUCACCACCACCACAACGGCACUCACAAUGUCCGCCGCUCUCAGCUGCAGCAGGCGGUGUCGCAGGGGAGCGGGGUGGGUCUGGGAGGCCGGCGUGGCGCCCCCCGAGGCUCCACCGCGGAUGACACAGCCAAUCGCAAUAGCAGGUGGCGAGGGAGCGGAGCCCCCGGGAACGUGGAGGGCUACGAGCUGUCCCAAGACUUUGCCGACAUGAGGCUGGAAAUGCUGGAGCGCAGGUAUGGUGGCGUGGUGGCGCGGCGGGCGGCUAUCACCAUCCAGAGGGCAUACCGCCGCUACGCCAUGUAUAAAAAGUUUCGCUCCAUCACGGCCACCGCAAAGGCCCAGGAGAAGCGGCUGUCGCGGCGCUUCACGGUGGACGUGCCAGAAUGGGGAGACGCGCCCAGCAACCAGCAGUUCCAUGAUGCCUGCACUGAGUUUGACCAGCUGCAGCGCAACAUUAGUGCCACUGGGUACAGCGAAGGGAGACGGCCAGCUCGCUCCAUGUCGAUGCGAGACACCCCACGCACUGUGCAAGCCACCACUGUCACCACCACCGCCACCACCGCCGCCACCACCGCACCCACACGUCACCAGCAGGACAACUACGACCUACACGACACCCUUGCAACGCUCAGCGACAGCUCCCUCUACUGCCAUGUGUCAGCCCUGUCUCCCCUCACACCCACCUCCACUCCCACACCCGCCCACACCCACGUCAGGAAUGGGUCUGGGGAUUACCAGGCUCACCAGAAUGACCGGGAACUCAAGUAUUUCUCUGAGGACAGCGGUCUGGGGAGCCAGGAGGGGGUAGGGGGCAACCGGCUGGGCGUCACGGGUCAGAGGCGAGCAAGCAGGACUGGCAAAAAGAUCCCCCCAGAGGUGCCCAGGCGGACAUCCUCCAUCAAGUCAUGCAGUGAGAGCAGUGGGAGUGCUGAGAGUGUUCCUGCAAGUCAUCGUGUGCAGUGCCACCCUCCUUCCCUCACCCCUCCUUCCUCCACUCCCUCUUCUCUCACCUCUGAAGGGGGACAUAGUGAUAGGGGACCCCUCACCAGAUCGGCCGACAAUGGCUCCCUGUCCAGCGUUCAGUCCUCAGGCUCGGACUCCUCCCUCUCCCAGUCCACCUCAGACCGGGCCACGCCACUCUCCACCCAUGACCAGGCGGAGACUGCAGACUACCAGCCAACCUCACCAGUGUGGAAGAGAAAAACCGCACAGAUGAGCACAAGCGAAGUCCCCUGCGAGGAUAAGAGGCUGAGCCAGAUCAGCGAAAACUCAGAAGAUUCCUUGCAGAGUCACUCCUCUGAGGGGAUGACCUAUUCCCAAACGCUCCCCUCACAGACCCCACACUCGGCGCACUACGCCCACCAUGCUCACUACACCCACACUGCCCACAUGUCCAAGGUCCCGGAGGUGGUCAGGAAGAGGCAGUACCGGGUCGGCCUCAACCUGUUCAACAAGAAGCCAGAGAGAGGGGUGACCUACCUCAUCAGUCGAGGCUUCCUGGAGAACUCCCCUCAGGCAGUCUCCAAGUUCCUCCUCACUAGGAAGGGGCUGAGCAAGCAGAUGAUUGGGGAGUACCUGGGCAACCUGCAGAACAAUUUCAACAUGGCUGUGCUUGAGUGUUUUGCCCAUGACAUCGACCUCUCGGGUAUGCAGGUAGAUGUGGCCUUAAGGAAAUUCCAGACACAUUAUCGUAUGCCCGGCGAGGCGCAGAAAAUCGAGCGGCUGAUGCAGGUGUUUGCUCAGCGGUACUGCCAGUGCAACCGCGACAUUGUGGCCAAGCUCAGGGACCCUGAGACAAUGUUUGUGCUUGCAUUUGCCAUCAUCAUGCUGAACACAGACCUCCACACAGCCUCCAUGAAGCAGGAGAAGCGGAUGAAGCUGGAGGACUUCAUUAAGAACUUGAGAGGGAUUGAUGACGGGUAUGACAUCGAGCGUGAGAUGCUGGAGGGCAUGUACCAGCGCAUCAAGGCCCAGGAGUUCAGGCCAGGCCACGAUCACGUCACACAGGUGCUAAAGGUGCAACAAACAAUGGUGGGGAAGAAGCCUAACCUUGCCCUGCCCCACCGCCGCCUUGUGUGUUACUGCCGUCUCUACGAGAUCCCGGACGUCACCAAGAAGGAGAGGGUUGGGGUGCACCAGAGGGAGGUCUUCCUCUUCAAUGACCUGCUGGUUGUGACAAAGAUCUUCUCUAAGAAAAAGAACACAGUCACGUACACCUUCAGGCAGAGCUUUCCCCUGGCUGGCUUGGCUGUCAUCACCAGAGAAGUCGCUCAUUACCCUUAUCUGAUGGAACUCCGACACCGAGUGGACAAUAAAGUGCUCAUCACCUUCAACGCGCGGAACGAGCAUGACCGCACCAAGUUCUGCGAGGACCUGAAGGAGAGCAUCUGUGAGAUGGAUGAGAUGGAGUCCCUGCGAAUCGAGGCGGAGCUGGACCGGCAGAAGGCGUCGUUGAGAGCCUCACGCCCCAACGCCACGCCCGAGCACAGAGACUCGGGCGUGGCGGACAUGGAGUUGCUCGCUGCCAAUGAGAAGAAUGGAACGCUGAAGGCUGACUCUACUCUGAAGAGGUCGGCGCUCAGCAACUCCCUCUUGGACAUUCAUGAGGCUGGCCUGUACCUGGCCACCCGUACUCACCUGUAGUGCUCAGCGUAAUAGUUUGCACACCUGUACCACACCUGCACAGCUUGAGGGCGGCGGUGGCAAUGGUGCGGGCACACUGGUGGGACGAAGGGGCAGUAUGGGAUCCCUCGACUCUGGCAUGUCCGUGUCAUUCCAGUCCACUAGCCCCUCGGUCGCUACUUCCCCCGCCGGUCUUCUUCAGCCGCCACUCCUCUCCCACUCCGCCCAGGCGGACUUACAGGCCGCCAGAAGGUCCCCAAUCCCUACAGCCUCCUUCCUCGGGCAGCUGUUCAAGCCCCGAAGGACGUCACGGGCUGAUCUUGGGGCUCCCGGCGUGGAGGUGUGAAGGGGAGCUGGUUCUCUGCCUUCCAGUGGGGAUGACUGAAACUGGGAAGAAGGAUAGAAAAGGGUAGUGAAAGCCAAGGCCUGGGAAUGGUCUGCUUGGGUACGGUUGGAUCCAAAGAGAGUUCAACCCUCGACGGAAGAAACUGCCAGAAGUGAUGUAAGUUACCGGAAGGUGAUUAAGUCAGCUGCAGGUGGCAGGGAAGAGUCCAUGACUCGGAGAGAAGGUGGCGGCAGACGGCGAGGCCCGGGAGCGGAUGGAUCAGGCGGGACAGAGUCAGGUUGUAUAUCUAGCCAUUAUCUAGUCUUUCAAGGUUACACAAGCAUUCCACGCAGCAGACCAGAGUGAAGAGGGAGGUGCCCUGACAUUGCUGCUCUGAGGGCUGCCUAGUGUACCACACACCACGACGGCAUUGGUACUUAGAUCAACACUAGUAAUGAUGAGAUGAGAGAAAACAAAUUAUUCAGUGCCAUUUAGUCAGAUGUAGUCACACAUAUAUAUUAAUUUGUAUCAUAUAUGUACAUAAGUCAUGUUAAAAUAAUCAGUGUAUAAUAUAUCUAAUACUGUGUUAAAUAUAUGCGUGUAUAACCCAGAGGUGAGACCCUCUCGUCUAAAGACGUUUUAGGCCUAGUGUGGCAGCGCCCGGCGCCGGCGCCAGCGUGUCGGUGCCGCGGCCGCCGCCACUAAUAAAGUUAUUUUAUUCAACUUGAAGUGUGCACAACAGUUGAUACAUUUAGCAAGGUGCGGCUUAGCCCACUCUAAGCCGCACACUUCCCCGUGGAAUGACAUCUAGUCAGCACACACACACCUUCAGUACCAUGUGUCAGACGCUUCUCGCCAAAUUACUGGACUGGCUUAAGUUUUGCGCAGUGUCCCAGAUUAUUGAUAUUAUCUAAUACAAACUCACAUACUUUUGUAUAUAUGGGAAAAUAUUGUUAUAAUUUUGUCAGCUUGAUUAUACAGGCUGUAUUUCUAUGGCAAAUAAAUAUUAUGAUGCAAGA